AUGCCGAGUGUUACAGCGCGACAAAUCGACGUCCUUUCGCAGAAGCCGGCAGGAGCGGUUCUUACGGUAUAUAUUGCGACGCAAGCCGUGCUAUGUUCUUGUACUGCUGGAGAUCCUGACACUGCUGCUGCUUCUGGCGCUGCUCGCACUCCUCGUAUGGGCUAUCCAGGACGAAACGGUUCCAUUUCCCUUCUCCGAAGAUAUAUUUUUGUUUCUCCAAAAGAAGCUAUUUCAGAAAAUGAAUUGCAACUGAAGAUUUUUGCAGAAAGAAGUGGAGAUGGUUGA